CCCAAAAAUUGACCCAUUUACUCUUCUUUCGACUUGAGAAGCAGCCCUUGAAAAAAGUGCACGGAAGCCAUGAAUUAGAUACAGCUUAAACUGAAUGAUUUUCUUACUUUGAAACUGAAACUAUUUUUCAGUCUUCCCAUCCAUGCCCCAUUUGAAUCGUGUUGCUCACCACUCAUGGCUCUUAACAGUUCGCCAUUUCUCAACCAAAUGCGUUCUCUUCUGCGACCCUUUAGUACAACAAUCUUAUAUGGAGCUUUCCCAGAAAUUGUACGAAGCCAUGAAAGCUUGUUCAGCUCUCAGGUCCAUUCCUAUUGCUCGAAAACUCCAUGGUCAACUCAUCUCCAUAGGCUUGAACUCUUCAACUUUCCUUCAAAACCAUCUCUUGCAUAUGUACUCCAGUUGCAGCUUGAUAGACGACUCCUGCUGUGUUUUCAGUGGUAUUGAAUACCGUAAUGUUUUCAGCUGGAACACAAUGAUUAACGCGUUGGUUAAUUCUGGGCGAAUGAGGGAAGCAGAGAAGCUGUUCGAAGAAAUGUCUGAGAGAGAUCAUAUCUCUUGGACUACCAUGAUGUCUGGCUAUUUCCAUAAUGGACAACCAGGGGAAACUAUGAAAGUUUUUGCUACGAUGAUCCGGUGUUGUGAUUUGGUUUCUGACCCGUUUUCGAUUUCUUGUGCCAUGAAGGCUUGUGGUACUCUUGGCCUGAUCAAAUUAGCUCGUCAGUUGCAUAGUUUCGUGGAGAAAUUGGAUUUCAGAAGCAACGUGCCUAUUCAGAGUUCUGUUAUUGAUAUGUACAUUAAGUGCAAUGCAGUAGUUUCUGCUGAGAAUUUUUUUUUAAGGAUUCGAACACCUAGUUUGUUUUGUUGGAAUAGUAUGAUUUAUGGUUACUCUAAACUUUAUGGGGUUGGAAGAGCCUAUAAUAUGUUCAACCAUAUGCCUGAACGAGACUAUGUGUCGUGGAACACAAUGAUUUCAAUCUUCUCUCAACAUGGUCUAGGAGUUGAGAGUCUUUGUACGUUUGUUGAGAUGUGGAACAACGGUUUUACGCCCAAUCCAAUGAAUUAUGCCAGCGUACUUAGUGCUUGUGCCAGCAUAUAUGAUCUUGGUUGGGGUAGCCAUUUGCAUGCUAGAAUUCUUCGUACAGAAGAGAGUCUAGAUGUUCAUGUGGGCAGUGGUUUAAUAGACAUGUAUGCAAAGUGUGGACGAUUAAGCUUCGCACGGCAAGUGUUUAAGAGCUUGACAGAACAUAAUGCUGUGUCAUGGACUUCUUUGAUCGGGGGGGUUGCGCAGUUUGAUCUUGCAGAAGAAGCUUUGUUUCUCUUCAACCAAAUGAGAAAGGGUCACGUUGCUUUAGAUGAUUUUACGUUGACCACAGUUCUUGGGGUUUGUUCUGGUCAUAAGUAUAUUUUUGUUGGCGAACAGCUCCAAGGAUAUACAGUCAAGGCUGGAAUGGACUGCUCUGUACCUUUGGGGAAUGCUCUUGUUACAAUGUAUGUGAAGUGUGGAGACACUUAUAAAGCAAGUAAAGCUUUUGAGCUUAUGCCAAUUAGAGAUAUAAUAUCAUGGACAACAAUGAUAACUGGAUACUCUCAGGUUGGUAAUGUUGAAAAAGCCCGAGAAUAUUUUGAUAAAAUGCCAGAUCGAAAUGUCAUCACGUGGAAUUCAAUGUUAGGCACAUAUGUUCAGAAUGGUUUUUGGGAAGAAGGUCUGAAAUUGUAUAAGUUGAUGAGAAGAAAAGGGGAAAAGCCUGACUGGAUCACUUAUGCAACCGCAAUGAGUGCUUGUGCCAAUUUAGCAAUACUUAAACUUGGAAUCCAAAUUGUUGCUCAUGCUGAGAAGUUGGGGUUUGGCUUUAAUGUCUCAGUUGCCAAUAGUUUUGUUACUAUGUAUUCAAAAUGUGGACGUAUUGAAGAUGCUCAAAAGGUUUUCUAUUCUAUACGUGAUAAGAAUUUGAUAUCCUGGAAUGCAAUAAUGGUGGGAUAUGCUCAGAAUGGUCAUGGCAAGAAAGUGAUUGAAAUUUUUGAGGAUAUGUUGAAGACAAAUUGCAAACCUGAUCAUAUAAGCUACGUAUCUGUACUCUCGGGUUGCAGCCAUUCUGGACUAAUAAAUGAAGGGAAGUAUUACUUCAGUUCCAUGACUAAAGAUUUUGGCAUUUCCCCGACGUUGGAGCAUUAUGCUUGUAUGGUAGAUCUGUUUGGUAGAGCUGGAUUACUAGAGGAGGCCAAGAAUUUGAUUGAUGAAAUGCCUUCUAAACCAAAUGCUGCUAUUUGGGGAGCUCUGCUAAGUGCUUGUAGGAUCCAUCACAACUCAAAAUUAGCAGAAUUUGCAGUGAAGAAUUUGCUUGAAUUAAAUGUUGAAGACUCUGGUUGUUAUGUCCUUCUAGCCAAUAUAUAUUCAGAAUCUGGAAAGCUAGAAGCUUUUGCAAAUGUGAGAAAACUGAUGAGAGAGAAAAAAAUUCAGAAAAAUCCAGGUCGUAGUUGGAUAGAAGUUGACAACAAGGUACAUGUGUUCUUUGUCGAUGACACUAAUCAUCCACAAAUCAAGGACAUCUACAAUAUGCUAGAGGAGACUAUUAGGAAGAUAGAAGGUAAAGGACUCUAUGUUAGUCCAACAAACUCUGUUCGUUCUUCAUGCUACCACAGUGAAAAACUUGCUGUGGCUUUUGGGCUAAUGAGCCUACCUACUUCGAUGCCAAUCCAUGUAAUGAAAAAUCUUCGAGUUUGCCAUGAUUGUCAUCAGGUAAUGAAACUUAUUUCUCUAGUAACCUCAAGGGAACUUGUAGUGCGAGAUGGAUACCGCUUCCACCACUUCAAGAAUGGAUUUUGCUCCUGUGGAGAUUUCUGGUGACCUUGAGGUUAUGUUGACUUUUUUUUGUCUCAUUUAUGACUGGAUGUUUUAAAAAAUGAGACUUAAUUUGAAAAAUAUGGGUGAUGAAAUUUUUCUUGGACUCUUGA